GUCAACAAGAAUGCAGACCCAACCAUUGCUAGGCAACGAAGUUCAAAAUGGCCGCUGAUGGCGGGAACAGGUCUAGCGGUGCUUGAAGAAAAAUCACUAAGUCUUGGAAAUAGGAGCAAAGAUAAUCCCUUUGUAAACUUUUAAAAUGGGCGACGCUGCUUCAACGAAGGAAGACUACCUUAAAGUCUGUGCCGAACUGGAGAAAGAGCCUGAUACGGGAAUCUUAGCUGUUUUGAAUUCUGCAGUAGAUGACAGUUUUCUGGAUCCGAUCAUUGAGUUUGACUUGUUCCUACAUGGUAACAAACGGAAUGAGCGCAAUGAAAUGUACAGAAGACGACUUACUGACGAGGAUGCAUCCAUAUUGUAUAAAACAUUAAGAAGCAACACUUUUGUAAUUGGACUUGAUUUAGGAUAUAACUGCAUUGGAGAUGAUGGUGCCAAUUUGAUAAGUCAACUUCUCCAGGAGACAGUUUGUCUUCAGUGGCUAGUGUUGAGUUACAAUGACAUAGGACCUGCUGGAGGUGAGGCAAUUGCAAAAGGAUUGCAGGUCAAUGAAACCCUCGGUAAACUGAGAUUAAAUGGCAACAAAAUAAAAAACAAAGGUGGAAUGGCCAUUGCAGGAGCUCUGCAAGUAAACACAAUGCUAGAGGAACUUGAUCUUGGUGAAACUGACCAGGAGAUAGAAAGCAUAAUAGCCAUGACCACUGUACUGAACUUGAACAACACGUUAAAAUCUGUGAAUUUGAACAGACCUGUACUCUUUACCCGUCAGGAGGAAACUACAGUUCAUGUGGCCAAAAUGCUGAAAGUGAAUGUUAGACUACGAGAAAUCCACCUAACACAUUAUGACAUGAGAGACUUUGGUGCUGAGAGAUUGAAGGAAAACCUCACGGAUAACUUAACACUGACACACCUGGAUUUAAGAAGCAACAACAUCACAAGAGAUGGUGCCAAACAUCUGGCUAUCCUUCUGAAGAGCAACACUCCUCUUGAAGUACUGAACUUGGCAUACAACAGAAUUGAAGAUGAUGGGGCCAUUGCUCUGGCUGAUGCAUUAGCUGCUUACAACACCAACCUUACCACGUUGGUGAUUUGUAGCAAUAACAUAGCUGGUGAUGGAUUAUGUGCAGUGGCCAAAGCAAUGAGAAGCAAUGGUGCACUUCAUGCUGUUUACAUAUGGGGAAAUAAACUAGAAGAACCAGCAUGCAGGGCUUUUCAGGAUUUGUUGGACGGCCCUGUUCCUCGUCUUGACCCAAGCAAUACAGAUGUCGAGCCUUACAUAGUAGAUGGUGUGGUAUAUUUAGCAAGACUGUCAAGCCCAUUUUAGUAAAACUUAAGGAUGAACAGACUGAAAAGUUAUCAUAACUACAUAGACUGGUAUGUAUCAAGUGGACUUUACCUCAUCAACAUCUGUUGCAAAUUGUGUUAUUUUCAAGUUCUUAGGAACUGUUGUUUACUUGUUAAGGUUUUUAUGAAUUUUCUUAAAGCGACACUUCUCAUCUAACACUGUUCCAAUGCUAUAGUGAUAAAAAUUAAUGAAGAGAUGAAAGACACAUGGUUUAUGCUGAUACUAAAUAUUUAUUGAAUAAAUGAUUAUUUUUUUUAUGCAA